UAACAGACUAUCAGAGAUUCUUUAAGUAUAUAGUCUCUCUACUCUCUCUGCCUGAAUUCUACUAAGACAAGACUCCAAAAUGCCAUAACCAACUGACACCUGGUUAAACCAGUCAUUGUUUAAGUGAUCAGAGGAGGAGCAACCUAGUGGUUAUCUUAUAUGAUGCCACUCUGAUCAAGGUUCAAGAACAUGUAAGUUGGAAGAACACUAAUACUGUUCGAUUAGGGCAAUUCAGUGGCUGGAGUGGUCUGCCAACAAGGUGAGUUCUCAGGGAGGGGUUAUUUUAUUCUACUGUGUGUAUGUGUGCAUGCUGUUUAUAGGGAAUAUUUCUUUACUUGUUUUUGCACCAUGUCUGUGGUUUAUCUGCUUUAGAUGUAAAGGUAGUCUUACCAGCAGCCCAAGCCAGACUACAAGAAAAGUACUGUGGCUUUGUGUAAACACAACCACUGUAGCGACAUCUGGUGGUUAUUUGGAAUAUAACAGUAUAACAUCCCGGAAGUGGCCUUGUGAACGGCGGCAAUGCAUGUUGCAAGCACAACAAAACAAACACAUGAAAGAUUUGAGGAGACUUUCCCCACCCAUCAUCGUUUAACAGCACCACGGCAUCAUGUCACUUUUCUUAACUACGUUAUCAGGUGGAGUCAUACUGUACCUGUUGAUAUAUUACACAAUGUUCAAGGGAUCCCGAUGUCGAAGCAGUGCUGUUUUGAAGGGGAAAACUGCUAUUGUGACAGGCAGCAAUACAGGCAUUGGGAAAACAACUGCCAUGGAGCUAGCCAAGAGAGGCGCACGUGUCAUACUGUCAUGUCGCAACCAACAGAAAGCAGAAGCUGCUGCCUACGACAUAAGGAGGGAAAGUGGAAACAACGAAGUCCUGUGCAUGCAGUUGGACUUGGCGAGCCUGAAGUCUGUGCGGACAUUUGCUGAGACUUUUCUGAAAACAGAGCCUCGACUUGAUCUGCUCAUCAACAAUGCAGGCGUCAUGGCGACGGGUCAAACGGAGGACGGCUUCGGCCUGGCCUUCGGGGUCAACCAUCUAGGUCACUUCCUGUUGACCUCGCUGCUCCUGGAGCGCCUGAAGCAGGCCGGGGGCGGCAGCCGCGUGGUGAACGUGGCGGCGCUCCUCCACCGGCUCGGCACGGUCGACUUCGCCGCCCUCAAUGCCCACAAGGACCUGGUGACGCCAACGCCAGGCCGGUCCAGCUGGCACGCGGCCCUCAUGGCCUACUGCCACAGCAAGCUGUGCAACCUCCUCUUCACCCGCGAGCUGGCCAACCGCCUGGAGGGCACCAGCGUCACCUGCUACAGCCUCCACCCAGGCGUGAUCAGCACGGAGCUGUGCCGCAACAUGAGCUGGUGGCAGAGGCUGCUGCUGGUGCCCGUCUCCAAGCUCCUCUUCCUGGACUCGGAGGCUGGCGCCCAGGUCACCCUACACUGCGCCCUCCAGGAGGGCAUCGAGCACUUCAGCGGCCGCUACUUCUCCUCCUGCUCCCUGCGGCCGGGCUCCGUGGGGCCAAAGGCACGGGACGACGGCCUGGCUAAGAAGCUGUGGGAAGUCAGCGAGCGGCUAUGUGGUCUGUCCUGAGAUACAGCUAGAGGAGAGAGAGGUUAGGCGAUGUACUGUAAGAUUUGUGAGGUCUUUGUUUGCAGGUGCAGCUUUUCAGAGUGUCACAGUUUUCAGUUUGUAGAGAGAGAUGUCAACACAGAGAUGUCAACUGCUUCGGUUUCAAAGCAAGCCAAAAAUUACAUUACAUUACAUUACAGUUAGCUGGCACUUUUAUUCAAAGGGACUUACAGUUAUUUACAGGGUAUUGGUUAUAUUCGAGGUUAUAGGAUUUGAACCUGCUACCCUCUGAUCUCAAGUCCACCACCCUAACCAUUAGCCCAUGGCUGCCCCCCAAAAUGAAUUGGUGAAACCGUAAAAGAGCAGUGUUGCACUCUUCCUCUACAAAUUCCAAAAUAAUGCAGAGUAAGAUACAUGCUGCACCGUUUUGUAAUGUUUUAUUUGAAGGGGUCUACUGUUAGAGCUACCAAACUGUGCGAAGUCAGUGAGGGGCUAUGUGGUCUGUUCCAACUGAGCGAUAGGAGAAGAGAGGUGAGGUUAAAUAAUGUAAGAAGCUCCCAAUGCUGCACUCUACCCUGUUUUACGGAAGUCUCGUUGCUUGCCAGUUUGCUAUUUAUCUUGGUUAUUUGCCAAUGGGAAACUGGAUUGCAACCAAUUAAGUUGCUAACAUCAUAGUUCGCAACAACGCUGUUUGAGAAAUGCACCUCUGUUCGGUAAUGUUUUAUUUGAUGCACAUGCUGCACUGUUUAGUUUUAUUUGAAGGCUGUUAUACUUUAUCUGCUAGGUUCCCACCUUUGUGGGCUUAUUUACAGAAGGUGUACUGGGCAAGGUGACUUGAUAAGUUUAACCAAAGAUUUUUACACUCUCUGGUUUAACCUUAACUGGGAGUCAUGGACCUGAGCUCUCCUGAAUACGUACAUAAAAACAUUGGUUGGUGUUUAACAACUCAAAAUAUUUAAUCAUUAUCAGUAUUCUACACUUCAGAACAUGACAUGAACCCUUUAUAUUAAAUGACAUUGCACUUAGCUAAUUAUUCACAGGGUAUUGGUCUCUGUCCUUGGAGUAGUAUGGGAUGAGGUACCUUGCUCUUCAGCAAUGGGGUAUGGUUGUGAGUGGAAGGGUGGGAUUUGAACUAGCAACCCUCUGAUCUAAAACCCAUCUCCUUAACCUUUAGGCCCACAGUGGAGACAUUACCACACACACAUACAGUAUCAUAUUACAGACACAUGUCAUUACAUUACAAUGUCACUUAAUUUGUGCGGUUAUAUCAUUUGGGCAUUCAUUCAGUUUUUUGUAAUGCCCACAUUCCAAACAAAUCUAAACAAAGCAUUACAAAAUUCAAAGGGGACUUCAUGUCAGUCAUACCCAUAAAAUAAUAUGUGUCAAUGAGAUUUAAGACCCAACUCACGUCAGUCUUAUGCAAAUGCUUUCAAAUAGUGUUGCCCUGCACUGUUUUUAGACGGACACACUGGUUUGAAAUUAAAGCUUUAAUCGUUUGUUUUUUGCACUUGAAACAUGCCUUAUCAAACUGACAUUUUAUUUUGUAAAGAAACCACUAAUUGAAAAGAUAAUAUUAGGAAAUAAUUUUUGUGUUUUACUCAACAGCAUUUUCCACAACCUAUGUUAUUUGAAUUUCCCAUUAACUGAUUCUCCCUCAAAGAAAUAUAUUGGAAACUCAAAAUUGUACUACAUGACUUAGAAAUAUAAUACAUUUGUCAGCACUGUGAGGGUAUAUUUUGUAUAUAGAUAGCAUUAACACUCAGGAGAAAACCACUACCCUCCCUAUGCAAUUAUGUUUUUGUAAACCAUUAAUAAAUAUUUAUUUUACAACA